AUGGCGUGUCUCGGAUCAUAUCGUGUGGGAUUCGACGGAAAGAAGUGGUUCUGCAUCAUAGAUGGAGAAACCUUUGAUACCAAGACAGAUGUCAUGAAGCACUACGCUGAGAAGCAUGGUUGCAACGUGGUCUGCACGCGUUGCACGCUCGUUUUCGCCAGUAUCGAGGCCUGGCAGGCUCACAUGGCAGAUCCCGAAUGUCAUAACCCUUGCCUCCUAUGCCCGUUCCCCUGGCCUGAUUUUGCUAGCACCAAGAAGUUGGCCCAGCACCUCUUCGCAAGACACAAAAUGUGCACCAUCUGCGAGGCACAUGGUUUCAUUGAGGAAGCAGAUAUCCUGAAGCAUAAGGAAGACGACCACAACUGGUGUCUUGAAUGCGGUUUUAUCUGUGCAGACCAAAAUGAGCUCCUUAGACACGCCGACACCCACGACGAUGUGAAUCUCCCCUGCUGGGCCGGCUGCGGUAAACUGUUCGGUCUAGUUUACUCGCCUCUCGCUCACUACGAGAAGGGCGAAUGCCCCCUCAUCACCAUCGAGCAGUACAGAGAAGCAGUCGGCAAGGCGGCGGAUGACUGGAUGGGCGACAUCUCUCUGUGGUAUGCCGGAAUGCAGGACGCUCCCUACCGGUGCAUUGGCUGCGACGGAUGCGCCUCCGAGGUGUCGGAGCUGUUCGAUCACGUCAUGCACACCAAGGAGUGCCUGGAACAUCCCGACCAGGGACUCGGGGUUGUUCUGGACGACAUCCGCGCCGAGAUCCGCAGGAUGGUGGGCCGUGUCCCCGAGGAAUGGGAGUGGGAAGACAGCAUCCCGAUGUCCGAGGCCCGCGAGGUGAUCUCUCAAACUGUGCAGGAUGAUGUUUCCAGCCUUGUCCGUCGUCUGACCAUCAGCCCGCUCGGGGCGCGCACCUUCCUGCCUCAGCCUAUUCCUUCGCCGAAUCUUUACGACUGCGAGGAGACAGAGUACGAUACUACCGAAGAGGAUACCGAGGAGGACGCGGAGGGUGAUGAAGAGGAUGCUAAGGAGGGUACAGAGGGGACCGCCGAGGAAAGCGAGGAUGCGGAUGAGGGCGCCGAGAUGAAAAACGAGGAAGAAGACGACGAGAUGGACUUUGACGAGGAGGGCAACGAGGAGGAAGGAAUGGACGACGAGGAAGAAGAGGUGGAGAUUAUUGUGUGA